AUGGGCAACUCCGUGUCUUGGCUGUCAGGCCUUCUGUUCUCCAAGAAGGAAAUCAGGAUCUUGAUCUUGGGUCUGGACAACGCCGGCAAGACCACACUACUAUACAGGCUCAAGGUUGGCGAGGUCGUCACAACCAUACCCACGAUAGGUUUCAACGUCGAGUCCGUAACAUACAAGAACCUCAACUUCAAUGUCUGGGAUCUCGGAGGCCAAACUAGCAUCCGCCCUUACUGGAGGUGCUACUACGCCAACACGGCAGCCGUCAUCUUCGUCGUCGAUUCCACCGAUAUCGAGCGCCUGCAGACGGCGGCCGACGAGCUCGGCGCCAUGCUCAACGAGGACGAGCUCAAGGACGCCUCUCUCCUCGUCUUCGCCAACAAGCAGGACCAGCCCGGCGCCAAGGGUGCGGCGGAGAUUUCCGAGGCUCUGAGGCUUGGCGAGUUGAGGGACCGGAACUGGACAAUUGUGGCCUGCUCGGCCGUAGACGGUUCGGGCAUCAACGAGGGCAUGGACUGGCUCGUGACCACCGUAAAUUCGGAGUAG